ACUAUUUCUACAUCUACUACCACUAUUUCUACCACUAUUUCUGUAUAUACUAUCACUAUGUCUACAUCUUCUACCACUAUUUCUAUAUCUACUUCCACUUUUUCUACAUCUACUUCCACUAUUUCUACCAAUAUUUCUAUAUCUUCUACCACUAUUUCUACAUCUACUUCCACUAUUUCUACAUCUACUACCACUAUUUCUACCACUAUUUCUAUAUAUACUAUCACUAUGUCUACAUCUUCUACCACUAUUUCUACAUCUUCUACAUCUAUUUCUACAUCUAAUACCACUAUAUCUACCAUUAUUUCUAUAUCUUCUAACACUAUUUCUACAUCUUUUACCACUAUUUCUACAUCUACUUCUACUUUUUCCACAACUAUUGCCACUAUUUCUACAUCUACUUUUGCUUCCUCUACAUCUACUACCACUAUUUCUACAUCUUCUACCACUAUUUUUACAUCUUCUUCCACUAUUUCUACCACUAUAUCUAUUUCUUCUACCACUAUUUCUACAUCUACUACCACUAUAUCUACCACUAUUUCUACAUCUACUUUUACUUCUUCUACAUCUACUACCACU